AUGGCACCAGUUGGGGGCAAAAAGGCCAAAAAGGGCAUCCUAGAACGGUUAAACUCUGGAGAGGUCGUGAUUGGAGAUGGAGGUUUUGUCUUUGCACUGGAGAAGAGGGGCUAUGUGAAGGCAGGGCCCUGGACCCCAGAAGCUGCUGUGGAACACCCAGAAGCAGUUCGCCAGCUUCAUCGAGAAUUCCUCAGAGCUGGAUCGAAUGUCAUGCAGACCUUCACCUUCUACGCCAGUGAAGACAAGCUGGAGAACAGGGGAAACUAUGUUGCAGAGAAAAUAUCCGGGCAGAAAGUCAAUGAAGCUGCUUGUGAUAUUGCCCAGCAAGUGGCUGAUGAGGGAGACGCCUUGGUGGCAGGAGGCGUAAGCCAGACACCUUCGUACCUUAGCUGCAAGAGAGAAACUGAAGUCAAAAAAGUCUUCCAGCAACAGUUAGAGGUCUUCAUAAAGAAGAACGUGGACUUUUUGAUCGCAGAGUAUUUUGAACACGUUGAAGAGGCUGUAUGGGCAGUUGAAGUCUUGAAAGCAUCUGGGAAACCAGUGGCAGCGACCAUGUGCAUCGGCCCAGAGGGAGAUUUGCAUGGUGUGGCCCCUGGCGAGUGUGCAGUGCGCCUGGUUAAAGCAGGAGCUUCCAUCGUUGGCGUGAACUGCCAUUUUGACCUCACAACUAGCUUACAAACAGUGAAGCUCAUGAAAGAAGGCUUGGAGGCCGUGGGACUGAAAGCCCACCUGAUGAGUCAGCCCUUGGCCUACCACACUCCCGACUGCGGCAAACAGGGAUUUAUCGACCUGCCAGAAUUCCCCUUCGGACUGGAGCCGAGAGUUGCAACCAGAUGGGAUAUUCAAAAAUAUGCCAGAGAGGCCUACAACCUUGGGGUCAGGUACAUAGGUGGGUGCUGUGGAUUUGAGCCCUACCACAUCAGGGCGAUUGCAGAGGAGCUGGCCCCGGAAAGGGGAUUUUUGCCACCAGCUUCAGAAAAACAUGGCAGCUGGGGAAGCGGUUUGGACAUGCACACCAAACCCUGGAUUAGAGCAAGGGCCAGGAAGGAAUACUGGGAGAAUCUUCGGAUAGCCUCAGGCAGGCCGUUCAACCCUUCUAUGUCAAAGCCAGAUGCCUGGGGAGUGACCAAAGGAACAGCCGAGCUUAUGCAGCAGAAAGAAGCCACGACGGAGCAGCAGCUGAGAGAGCUCUUUGAAAAACAGAAGUUCAGAUCUGCAUAAUAGCUUCAGCGGAACCCAUUUUCAGUGACUUCCUCUAUGUUUGGAAGACCACAGUUCCAAAAAUAAGGAAAAGAUGGUUAAAAGGCAA